AUGCAAUCAUAAUAGGAAAGGAAAUCUUUGGUUUUAGAAUUACUUAAAUCGAUAGACCAGCAAAACCACUCAUUGACAGUCAAUAACUAACCGCUUCAUGAAUUUUAAUGGUUUGAGUUAGAUAAUAAAAUACGAAUUUUGGUUCAUGAAUUGCUGGAACCACAUUUAAAGGAAUUUGUGGAGCAGAGAUCAGAUUAUUAGACUGUAUCACUCAAACUAGACAAAUACAUAUAAAAUUAUGAGGAAUUCAAGGCUCUAUAUUUUUAAAAUGGCAAAGGAACUCCCAUCAUUUAACAGUUGAGAUAACAAAUGUUAGAAUUGUAGGAGAAGUUUGAAAACAUAUAAUAAACAUCCUUGUUUACUAUUAAUGAAAAUAACAGAAAGUUAGAUUAGAUCCAAUUUUUAAGAGAUCAACAGUAUCAUCAAUUGAAAAUGAUAGAGAAUAAUCAAAUGCAAUGGACAGAAUAGAUUGAAAAGUACAGACAAUAAAACCAAGACUUCAAAUAAGUUUUGUUGGACAAUUUAGAGUAAGUUAAAAAAGAUAAUUAAAUUGCAAUUGUUACUGUUUAUGAUAAAUUAUAAUCCAUGAAUCUCUAUCUAGACAAACAAGAUUGUGUAUAAAAGGAUCUUAAAGUUAAAAUUGAUAGCAAUUACGAUAUUUUGCAGUCCUAUCAAGACAAGUUGUUAUUACAAAUAGCACAGAGUCAAUAAAAUCAACAGAGUCUGGAGUUACUAAACAAAAGGUUUCCUAAAUUAGAUGAAUUGCUAUCGUAUGAUCGAUCAGUCAAAAAUGAUUUGGGUUUGAUGAAUAAUAAAUUGCAGUAUUUUGAAAAUUACAUAGAAAAAUACUUUCCACUCUUCUUAUAAGGAACUCUGUCUGAUACACUUCACAAUUGUCUCUCAGAAAAUGAUAGGUUUAAGUUGGCUCAAUUUGAGGAAAUGAAGUUUACAGAAUUACAUAGAGUUAUUGUAAGUGAUGAUGGAGUUCCAAAUUUAGAUCGAAAAAUCAAUGAAUAUACUUCUUUUAUAGAAAAACAACUAAAAAAGAAUAUGUCCUUUCUUAGAGAUUAGAAGGUUAGUUCUAACUAGGUCAAUACUCCAAUUUAAGAGGAUAUUUCUUCAAAGAUUUCUGAAAUUCCAAUCACUCCCAAAUCUGAUGACAGUAGUGAAAGAGUGGGAGUCAAAGAUGGGACAAAUUUAAAAAUUGAUAGAAAUUAAAUGGAAUUUUAUCUGCAAAAUAAAUUCAACGAAUUUAAAUUGGCCCUUGAGAAGGAUGUAAGUUUCUUGUAGAAUACUGCAGACUAUUUAGAUAAGCAAUUCAAUGUCUUACAUGACUAGAUGAUCAAAUCUUUUGAAUUAAUUAAGAUUCAAAAUUAUGAAUCUGUCAACCAAAUCACUCAAUAGAUGACUGACUUAAUAAAUCAGUUUAAUAACAUACCAUUGUUAACUACUGAAUUAAAUGAAGUGCAACAAUAACAGCAAUAAAGUAUUCAAAAGCUAUUACAAUGUCAAAUCCUUAUGAUUCAAUAAAAUUAAGAGGAAGUCUAAUAUAAUGGAUAGGUUUAUUCCCAAGAACAAUGCAAAGAGAUGUUGAAUGAUUUAAUUUAUCAAAUGAGAAAUGAGAAUGACAAUAGUAAUAUAUUUGAUUCUCCUAUCAAGAAAUUAAAACCAUAAUUGGUAUUGGAUGAUAGAAAAUCGAUUCGUAUUAAAACAUCGUCUCAAAGUGGUUUGCGUAAGAGUAUUUACAGUCAAAGUUAGACUAGAUCAACAACUGAAAAGAGGAAACUGUAUUUAUUGGGUUCCAAAAUAUAGUAGGAUUUAUGCCAAAGUCUAAAUAAUUCUGUACUCAAUCCCAGAAAAACAAAUACAAAAUUACUAUUUCAAAGUAAGGCUAAUCAGAUUGAAUGA